AUGUAUAAAAGCCCUUCAAGUGAAGAUCAAAGAAUUCUUAAUCAAAUUGAAAAAAAUGCAAAAAUCAUGAAAGAAAUGUACGAUUUAAUUUUGUCGGAAAAAGAAAUAGCCACUGUUUCUGAUUGGAAGUACAUUUUAAAUGAGUUUAUGACCUAUAUUCAUUAUGAUUUAAAUAGUAUCAUAGAAAAAGUAGAAAUGCACGACCCAAACAAGUAAUUUUUAUUAUAGAAAUAUUCCUUAUGAGGAAAUUUUGGAUUUAAUAAAGUCCUCAGUCAAAAAUAAAACGAAUGAAGAAAUUUUCAUUGAAAAUGAAGGAGAGCAAAAUGAUAGCUUAUUUGAUAGAGAAAUUGAAAUUGGUUCGAACAAAGAAUCAUUUUCUAUCAUUGGAAAAGCAAAAAAUGCGGAGCCAAGCAAAGGGUCAAUAUCAAAUAUUUAUAAAGAGCAAUUUAUUGAAUCCAGAAAUGGGUCAAUAUCAACAAUAAGUGAAUCUAGGAAAAAUGAACUGAAUGAAGAUUUUAAAGAGUUUCAGAGAAGAGUUGAGCUAUGGGAAGUAUGAAUAAGGCAAAAGCUUAGAAAUGAAGACUAUUUCAUGGCCUUUUGCGAAUUGAUGGAAAAAUGCAAGCUCAAAGUCAAUGAUUAUGAGUUUGAUGAUUUCUCUAAAAUUCUUGGAGAAUUGUUGAAGAAAAGUGAAAGCAUUCUGAUCGAAAAUGAUCAGGAAAUUUCAAAUAUCAAAGGAAGUAGCACAGGUCGAAAAUCUCAUCAUUCAUCCAUUUCUGCUACUAAUAUACCAGAAAUAAAAAUUACAGAAAGAGCAAACAAUGAUCCUCAAUUGUCAAUCCAAGAUCCUAUGGAAACAUUUGCAAAUCAUAAUUCGCAGAGUAUUUAUUUUGAACAAUCGAACUUAGCGCAAAAGUUUAAUAUGUCGCCAUUGCCAUUAGGCUCUCCUAUAGUAGACGCUCCUGCUUUUCAAUGCCAAACAAUAACUUACGAAGAGUUUUUGUCCUUAAUUUUUUCUUGGUACCAAAAGCACAGACCCCCAUUCCUACCUCCAGAUUCUCCAAAACCACCUGCACCAGAUCUGCAGACAAAACUAAUAGAAACUUAAACUUACUUAACUUAUUAUCUGGUGUUUAAGGUGCCUAGUCCCGCAGCCCAAAAAGGACCUAUGGCAAAACUAGUGACGUAGGCGAGCCAUCUUGGAACAGGUCAGCCCUGGCCAAGCCUUCUAUCAACUCCUGCUUCACCAGCCUUGCUACACGUCUCACCUGGCGCGAUGCCGUCGCCCGACUCAGCUCCUGCGCGUGUUCCGCCUAAGGGUCAUCCUCCCGUGGGGAUGUGCUGAGAGGUAAAAGCCCGAAAUUUUGAGAGGGCUGAGGAGCAGUUCCUCUGGUUAUCCCCAGAGUUAAACCGCUAUUGCUGUCCAGAAGUUCUCGAGUGAAAACCUAACCCUAUAAAUAAAAUUCCAUGAGGGAGAGAAAAUUAGCAAAGCUAAUUUCUCUCGAACCGAAUGCCAUUUUAUUUAUAAACUAAUAGAAACAAAUUAAAGAAUAUCAAAUAUUGCGAAACGAAAAGAUUUCUAAUGGAGAAGAUACUUCAGUCAUUGAUAACUUAAUUAUUACGUUAAGAGAGCAAUUAAAAUCAUUACAAAAGCCUUAUUUGAAUAAAAUCAAAAAAGAAAAAUCGUUCGAAGAAUUAUGCAAAAUAGGGCUUCAUGAAAUUUUUUUAUACUAUGCUAAGCAGCAGUCCAUGCUUGGGAAAACGCCGACUUUUGAUGAUAUACAAAAAAAUUUAGAAACCUUAACACUUGGCAAAUUUUUAAGGUUUUGUAGGGAUUUUGAAUUUAUGGAUGCACAUAGUCUGCCUGACAAAAAAGUUCUGACAAAAGAGCAAGUUCAGAAAAUCUUUUUAAAAAAUUCAGUGCUGCAAAAGGAAAUGACAGAGACUCAUUUCUUGAAUGCAAUAAGAGAAAUAUCAGCACUUUAUUAUGAUGAAGAGUAUGACAAAAUCAAUGAAACUGACUCAAAAGCAAUGGCAAAAGGGGGAAAAUUAACCAAAUUUUAUGAGUAUAUAGGAUGCAGUGAUGCAAAUGUAUAUUCAAAGAAACUAAAAGGCUUUUUAGUUCCUUUUGGAAGUGGGCCAAAUACAAGGAUACCAGAAAAUGACAUUGCUAAAAAGUAUAAGCCAAAGCCAAGAAGAUCACCUGAUAGUAGGCUUGCUUCAACAUCUAUCAGGACUAUUGAAAGGCCUGAAAAAACAUUUAGAGAGCCAAAUAUAUUUUUGACGCAAACGGCAACGCAUAGAGCUCCAUCUGAUGCAAUUGUAUCUCUAACAUCCAAGGCAACAACACAAAAUGUUUCUUAUGCCAAGCGAAAUGUCGCAAUGAAAGCCAGAAAUCCAUUUACAUGGCAAGGGCUUGGAGAAAUGACUGCUGAACAGUUAAAAGAUGAAGAAAACUUUGAUAUUAAUGAGCUAAUAGCUGAAGAAGAUGGCAGCGAAGAUGAAUAUUUGGAUAAAAAAUAUCCUCUAGCAGCUUCACAGGCUUACCUGAAAAGCCCUGAGGCUACUGUAAAAAACGCAAAUACCAAUUUAUCAAAUAAAAGCAGUGCAGAUCGGAAACGAAUGAAUAAAUCAGCUAGCACGAAUCAAAUUUCUGAAAAAACACUUAAUCCAUAAACCAUUCUUUCACAAAAAUUCGAUAAUUUCAUAUAUAAGACUAGCAAUAUUAUUUAAUCGCAAAAAGGGAAGGUUAGGAGAGGCGAUGAGCUGCUUGAAGCUGCGAAAAAAGAAGAAGACGAGCAUAUGAAAAGAAUUCUUAAAAUUGCAGAUGCGCAACUACAAAAGGCGCAAAAUUACGCAGCAAAGAUUAAGACAAGUAAAUUUAUUGUUUAA